CUUUUGCAACGUGUCUCUCUACCGCCCCCCAGAGGAGAUGGAGAGAGAAGCCCAGGAGCAGAAGGAUCUGGAGAAAGAAGAGCUGGCUGAGGAGAAUAAGGGGAAAUCCAUCUUCAGGAAGUCACGGAACUUAUCUACACAAGGCCUCACUUCCAGAGCAUCAGUAACGACCCCCCAGUCUCCCCAGGUAGUGGUGGUGAAUGAAAGGCUGGUGUCCACCAGCACUCAGUUCCAGAGGAAACAGGGCAAAGGAACCAUCGAUGUCUGGUGGAUGUUUGAUGACGGAGGUCUAACCCUACUGCUGCCCUACAUCCUGACAACCCGUAAGAAGUUCAAGGACUGUAAGAUGAGGAUCUUCAUCGCUGGCCAGCCGGGACGUGUCGAGCAGGACAGACAUGAGAUGAAGUCUCUGCUGGAGAAGUUCAGGAUCAAAUAUGCAGACAUCCACGUCAUCGACGACAUCACCCAAAACCCCAACUCUAACAGCUGGAAGAUGUUUGAGGACAUGAUUGAGCCGUUCCGUCUUCACGAGGGGUCAAAGAGCACCACUCUGGCCGAGGCUCUGAGGAAAGACAACCCCUGGAAGAUCUCUGACGCCGAGCUGGACACCUUCGAGGAAAAGACCAACCUCCAGGUCAGGCUGAAUGAACUACUGCAGGAGAACUCCCGAGCUGCCAACCUCAUCAUAGUGAGUAUGCCCAUCGCCCGUCUAGGCUCAGUCUCUGACCACCUCUACAUGGCCUGGUUGGACAUCCUCACCAAGAACCUCCCUCCCACCAUGUUGAUCAGAGGCAACCACAAGAGCGUCCUUACCUUCUACUCAUAGACCGACCCUCUCAGCAGUCACUAGAUGGCCACAAGGGACAACCAAGGCACUUUCAUCAAUAUCCAGGAGUUAGUUGCUAUCAGUUUAAAUGAAAAGGUGAUGGUUAGAGAUAAGGUUAUGGGAAAGGUUAAAGGUUAGAAAGUGAGGUUCUUCCGUCUUGUCUAGCAUGACCAAAUAGUGACGACACAACACAGACGUAUGGACUCAGGGAUAUAUGGGCACACUGCUUGGGAUGGGUCAAUUACACUGCCUGGGUUGGGUCAAUUACACUGCCUGGGAUGGGUCAAUUACACUGCCUGGGAUGGGUCAAUUACACUGCCAGUGCCUAUGCUGCCCCCCGUUGGAAUUGUACAUGUGGUGCAUGAUUAGGGGUCCAAACCCUGAAUCGGCCCGGAAAACUCUUAUUAUUAUAUAUAUUAGUCAUGUAACAGAUGCUCUUAUCCAGAGCAACUUACAGUUAGUGUUCUUGUUAAGGAUAUUAUUAUUCUGACAUAUUAUUAUUAUUAUUCCAAUGUUAAGAGUUCGACCGACAGAGACCAAACUUGGAGGGAUGGUGUAAAUUGGUGACCCAAUACAUCUGGUAAUCUUUGGUAUUUGACACAGAGUGGGACUGGGACGUUAGGUAACAGACUGGUCCCAGGCUAGUUGGAGCCCCCUGCUGGCUAUGCAUCUCAAUACGGUAUACUUUUUCCUUAAAUAUACCCUUGUCCACUACCCACCUCUGUAGCACAGUUGGUAGAGCAUGGUGCUUGCAAUGCCAGGAUAGUGGGUUCGAUAUCCGGGACCAUUCAUAUGUAAAACAUUUUUGGCACGUAUGACAGUAAGUUGCUUUAGAUAUAAGUGUCUGAUAAAUGGCAUAAAUGAUAUUAUUCUAUAUUAUGAGAUUGGUGUAAGAGCAAAAGAUUGAGUCAAGACCAGAACCUGUAGUUCAUACAUACAGACUCCUCCAUAGUUGUCAACCCUGAGGCCAGCAUGGGCUAGUGCCUUCGUCUUGUACAUGCCAACCCAUGGCGGCCCAGGUUGAAAUCCCACCACUACUGCUUUCAGAUAGACAUCCCUAGACACUGAGUUGGCGUUGUGGCUGAUUGUGAUGACUUAAAUAAGGGCAACAUAUUUGAGAAAGAGUCAAAAGGCUGGGGCCCAGGUCAUUGCUGCUUGCAGCUAGCCUAUAUGUAUAAUUCUUCUUUUGGGAGAACAACAGAUGAUAUACACUGAGUACACAAAACAUUAAGAACACCUGCUCUUUCCAUGACAUAGACUGACCAGGUGAAUCCAGGUGAAAGCUAUGAUCCCUUAUUGAUGUCACUUGUUAAAUCCACUUCAAUCAUGUAGAUGAAGGGGAGGAGACAGGAUAAAGAAGAAUUUUUAAGCCUUAAGACAAUUGAGACAUUGAUUGUGCAUGUGUGCCAUUCAGAGGGUGAAUGGCCAAGACAAAAUAUUUAAGUGCCUUUGAACGGGAAAUGGUAGUAGGUGUCAGGCGCACCAGUUUGUGUCAAGAACUGUAACGUUGUUGGGUUUUUCACACUCAACAGUUUCCCAUGUGUAUCAAGAAAGGUCCACCACCCUAAGGACAUCCAGCCAACUUGACACAACUGUGGAAAGCAUUGGAGUCAACAUGGGCCAGCCUUCCUGUGGAAUGCUAAUUGAGGCUAUUCUGCGGGCAACUCAAGGUGUCCUUAAUGUUUUGUACACUGUGUAUGUAGGCUAGUAUGCACAAAUAUGAUGGUGUUCUAAGAAAUGAACAUUAUAGCAAACUAAUGACCUAUGCAAAAAGUGAUCAAUAUAUAAAUAACAUUUUUUUAAAUUAUAUUCAAAUGCUACUAGCGACAUUGAUUUAAAAAAAAAGAUUACUUUGAUAUCCAUUGAAAAGUACUGUAUACUACUUUGUAUAGAUGUGUAUAUUCCACACAAGUAGCUACUAGUUGAGUGUCUCGUGAAAUAAUGAAGGGAUCACUUACUACCUUAAUGCACACGCACACUGUGAUGAAAAUCUAUCAAACAGAACAGGAAAAUGUAAAUCAACUUAUGUGCUGUAUAUUUUCAAUAUAGAAAUGCUUGAUUUAUUUCUGUGUUUUAACCCUUGUCUUUUAUAAGACUCAGUCCUUAUCAUAUUUAACUGUCAUAUUUUAAUUAAUGUAUUAUGAAGAAGGAAUAAAAUGUUGAGUUACUCUUA